AUGAAAUUUCAUAGAAUACUAGUAAGUCGUGAAGCAUUAAAAUUGGAAAAUGUGCUACAAGCAGGCCAAGCGUUUCGAUGGAUAUGGGAUGAAAAAAAUGAUUUGUAUAUGACAUCGAUACUCAUUCCAGGGCAUGAUAAGUAUGGUAUUGUAAUUCUAAGGCAAAAACGGAUUAAAAAAGAACAGGAUGAUGAGUAUAUUGAAUUUGCUUUUAAACACCCCACAUGGGAGUAUUCUUGUGUUGAGAAUUACUUAAAACAGUAUUUUAGAUUGGAAGUGGAUCUUGUCGCACAGUUGGAAAACUGGACUUUAAAAGAUCCUAAUUUCCUCAAUAUAUCUUCACAAGGGAUUAGAAUAUUGUCACAAGAACCAUGGGAAACAUUGAUUUCAUUCAUCUGUUCUAGUAAUAACAACAUAAGUAGAAUAACAAAAAUGUGUCACAACCUAUCUACUUAUUAUGGGAAUAAAAUUGGUAAAUUCAAUGAUAUGGAAUUUUAUUCUUUCCCGACUAGUGAGCAACUUAUAGAAAAGGCUACUGAACAAGAACUAAGAGAUCUUGGUUUCGGAUAUAGAGCUAAGUAUAUUAUAGAAACAGCUCGGAAGAUGAUUCAAGAUCAAAAAAGAUUCAAUGUUUCAACAGAUCAGGAGGUGCUUUUCCAUAUUUCAAAAAAUUUUAGCUAUGAAAAGAUAAGAGAGCAUUUAAUGGGUUAUACUGGUGUAGGUCCUAAAGUGGCAGACUGUGUUUGUUUAAUGAGUUUACAUCUAGAUCAUAUUGUUCCAGUAGAUGUUCACGUGACGCGUUUUGCGAAAAGAGAUUACAAUAUAGCGGCCACAAAGACUGAACUUGCCAAAAUAAGAGAAUCAUACAAUAGCUUAAACCUUCCCAUAACAAAGAAGAAGAUUAAUCCAGAAUUGGACUUCAUUAGACGGAAAUUAACAGAAAAAUGGGGACCUUUUGCCGGUUGGGCACAAGGUAUUUUAUUCUCAAAAGAAGUCGGUUCUACUGCCGGGGCCACUGUGGCUGGAAAUGUGAAAAAAAGGAAAAGAUCGCUCGAUGAAGUUGAUAAUGUAGAUUCUUCUAUAAAAAUGAAAAAAUCAAUUACAGCUCCAAAGAUUGAAGCAUAA